AGCAACACUGACUUCUUGAGCCAAUUGAGUUUGUGUAUUUGCAGCAGAAGGCUAGAUUUUGACUGGUGCAGCCUUGAAGGAGAGUAAUUACAUGUGGGGAUGUGAUGACAUGAUGUUACCUGCAGACUGAUGGCUCAAUUCAUUUAGAUGGGCCUUUGGGGUUGCUUCGUUCUUCGGCCGACCGGACCCGUCACGGUUCGGUUCUCGCGAUGCAGGACUCGGUGACACCUCAGGAUUUCUAUGGCUUGCGCUGCAAUUGGGCAAGCAAGGAUGGCAAAGACUGCAAGAAUUCCACAGAUGCUAUUUGUUGGAUCACUUCCUGCCAGCAUGUCCUUUGUGAUGAGCAUGCCAAGCUCGCAUUUGCCAGUGGAGAUUCAUGCCCCAUUUGUGGCUACGAAGCAGCGAAAGUCAUCAAAGCGAAUCUGUCCAGAGAGGGACGUGCUCAAGCAAGGAAAGGUCUUUUGCCAGGCCUCACACCUUCCGAGAUCAUGGAUUCGGCCGCCCGGAACAUCGAGUUCUGGGUUCGACAGAAGGCUCUGGAAUGCAUGCAACGGAAGAAGUGCCGCGUGCAGAUGGAGAAGCGCAGCGAAGAGAUGUCCAAGUCCGCAGAAGAGCAGAUCCAGGUCUAUCAACGGAAGUGUCAGCAGCUGGAGGAGGAGCAGGUGGCCUUGCAGAAGAAGUUGGACGACUUGGAAUCUGACCGCAACAGCGUGCAGUUGAAGAUCCAAGCCUUGCAACGGGACUGUUCUAAGGCCGAACAGCGUUGUGAACGUGUGCACCGCCAAAUGGGUCAAGUUGAGACCAUGCUUCCAACCAGCUUCGGCUUGAGACAGAGCCAGACCAGCUCUUUGCCGAUCACCCAAGGUCUUUCACCGGCCCGAGGCGAUCGGCGCCCGGAGGUCGACUCGGGGCCCCGAUCGGAGCCCCGAGUGUUCAAUUUCGAAGGUGCUCAUGGGGCUUUGUCGCCGGGCAGACUGGGAGUUGGUGCAGUCCAGUCUUCCUUUGGUCAUUUCUUCGACCACAAACCCAGCUUGACCGGCUUCAACGGCUUGACCUUGCCUGGCAGCCCCAAGCGCGGCCCGGUGCGAUCCGCUCCACUCAAUUCGGCCUUCUUCGGCUCCGCGAGGAUGUCAAGGCGUCGGAUAACAUGAGUGCAGAAGACAGAGCAGCACAGUCAGUGCUUCCAGCAUUUGAUCUCUUGCGUGAAGAUGUCUCGUGAAGAUGUCUGAAGGCAUUGACUAGUGGUUGUUAGUCAGUGCCAAGACUAUGCCAAAGAGCCUGGCUAGUCAAUUUAGCUAUGACACAAAACGUUUCAAAAGGGAAUGUUGCACCGUCCCAGCGCCUGCAUAGUGGUGCGCAACAGAUCUUAAGAAUUUGCUUUGCAUAUCGUGGGAA